AUGCCUGUUUAUGAUUCCACAACAGACCAGAACUACACUCUGAAGGUUACCUUGGGUAGCUGUGUUUACUGGUCAGAAACAAGUGACAUGUGGAUAUCAUCUGGUUGCCCAGUAAGUGAAAAUUAAAUAAAGAUUUUCCGCGUAAUCUUUUUUUUUAAUCUAAUUUGGCACCGUAUUCAACACAAUUCAGAGAAUUUGAGCUUUCCUGAGUAAUGUUUGUAAAAGUGCUGUGGUAUUGCAAUAAUCUUCUCUCAUGAAGCUUAUCAUUGAAUUCAGGCUAAUAUUUGAUUACAGAACAUUUUCAGACAAAUUUGGAAUCGAUUUGAUAGCCAGCCAGGUUAUAGAAGCGCCUUAAAACAGAAAAGAUGCAGUGUGAUUUAUGGUGACAGCCAAAAUGAUAAUUUUCAUCAUUAAGAUCUUCCUUGCAUUUAUAAUUUCAGGUUUUAGCAGAAUUAGAUGGAUCUUUAAACUGUAGCUGUAGCCACUUGACGUCAUUUGGGGGAAGUCUCUUAGUUGAACCGAAUCCCAUUGACUUCGACAAGGUUUUAGUCGAGUUCCAACAGUUAUCAGAAACUGGAAAUAUCGCAGUUAUUGUGGUUAUUGCGGUAAUUUUAUUAUGUUAUGUGACUGUGCUUAUCAUCGUACGGAAAUUCGACGAGGAAGACGCCAAAAAUGUGAGUAUCGAGCCAUAUUUUGCUUAGGACUGUUGUUUAAACGGAGCAUGCUCUCCAGUAUAGCCACUUUACUCCUAUGAUCUUGUUGUUAAAUCUCCCUCCGGUUGCUUUACAAUUUUUUGUAAAUAGGUCAUGACAAUUUGCUAAUUUAUCAAGAUAACAAAAUCUACCUGACAAUUUUGAGUGUUCUCAUGAUCUGUUACCUAGAUAAUGUACAGAUAUUUUUGGGUGAAGUUGCAUGUUGAUCACCCCGGGAGUUAAAGUGUUAAGAAAAAAAAAAGCCUUUAAAAAGUUAAGUGACAGCCCUUUUUUUUUUUUUUUGGACUGGAAAAAAAAAUUGAAUUUAGAAUAUAAAUCAGUUAGCCAUAAUUCAUGCUUUAUUAUGUUUUUUUAAGAGGGAGGCACCGAUCAAACUUCCAUCACCUUCAAGCUGCACCUAUCAGUAUAAUAUAGUGAUCACUACAGGGGCUUGGAAAAACUCAGGCACGACUGCUCAUGUUGCUUUGGAGAUUUACGGUUCUGAUGGAAAGAGUGGCAUUCUUCAGCUUAGCCAAGAAGAACCUGGUGCAGUGAAUACGUUAUUCUCACGAGGUAAUUCAGAUGUUUUUGUACUUUAUGUUAACAAAUCACUGGGUGAGAUUCAAGGAGUGAAGAUUGGACAUGAUAAUUUUGGAGAUAGUCCCUCGUGGUACCUAGAAGAAAUCCUGAUUCGGGACGUACAAUCUAAACAGUCGUGGAAAUUCAUGGCCAAUCAGUGGUUUGCUCUUGAGCGCGGAGAUGGGCGCAUCGAGCGAGUAAUCGACCAGACCUCAAAUAAUUUGGAUUUUGGCAAUGAAGUUGCAAGACGUUGGCGAAGAGGACUUGCGGAGUCGCAUAUUUGGAUUUCAGUAGCAGCCAAGCUGAGAAAAAGCCGCUUUACAAGAGUACAGCGGCUGUCUUGCUGCCUCUCAGUGCUUUUGACAUCUAUGUUUGCUAACGCGAUGUUCUACAAGUUAGAGGGCAAAUAUGAACAGCCUAUCCAAGUCGGACCGCUGAAAAUGUCGUGGAGACAAGUGGUAACUGGAAUUCAAAGCGCACUUGUUGUGACACCCAUAAACAUUUUUACAGUGUUUCUGUUUCAGAAAGGAGCUGGAAAGUCUUCCACGAACAAUGACUAUUGUCUUAAAGGUACCCUGAUCUCUGGUAUCGCUUGGUGUUUGUUGUUUUUUUCUUGUACUGUUUCAGCUGCGUCUUUUCAAUUUUCUACAGUCUAGUUUGGGAAAAGAGUGUCAGUGAGCAGUGGCUGUCUUCGAUGCUUAUCUCAUUCGCGCAGGACGUAACAAUCAAGGAACCAGUAAAGGUAUUCUUCACAGCUUUAACAUUCGCGGCCAUUUUAAAGAUAAAGGCGAAGAGAUCAAAAGUACACGCCUGCGAAAGCCCUCAGCAAGUGAAAUCUGGGUACUUUAAGAAACAUUUUUGGGCACUGCAAUUAUCAGAGGUGGAAGAGAUGAGGAGACGACAAGCUAAGAAACAGAACCUGACACGUUAUUUCACAGAGUUGGGUUUAUACUUGGUCUUCGUUUUCUUGCUUAUGGCAGUAUGCUAUGGAAACAGAAAUGACCAUCGGUACUUGAUGACGAAAUCAAUCCGAGAUGGACUACCAAACUUUGGCAAAGUGAGUAAACAUUAUUUGAUUAUGAUAAAUUCAUUGCUGAAAUUCGCGUGUUUAAUUUAUCUUAUGAUUUUUUGUUUCCAUGGAGAUUCAAAAUCAAAUAUAUGAAGGAAAAUUUUACUUUGCCGGUCUCUUCAAGAAAUGACUAAGGCAUUUUCUGCUCUUGUAAUGGAUAUUUUGAGGAAGAAUAUCCCUUUAGAAACAGCGUACAAGAGAUAUGUUAGUGCGCGAGACUCAAAUUUAGGAAUUGAAAGAAAUUCCAAGCGAUAGAUAUAUAAUCCCAUGAAGAGAUUGGCUUUCAAUUCUGCCAUAAGAGAAAACCAGAAAGCGGCAACAUAAUAUUUGAGGGGACGGGUGCAAUUAAAAUAAGCAAGUGAGAAUAAUAGACACGCCCAUAAAUAAAGUAACUAGCUUUAAUGGAACGAAUAUUUGUAACCAUCGUAGAUAUACUAUAAAAUUUACGUAAUAAAUGUGGCGGUAACUUAAGAUGCUUUGUUGAGCUGUGACGGCAUGAAGACACGACUUCGUUACGUUGGUUAAAUGAUGACAAUUCACUUAUAUAUAUAUAUAUAUAUAUAUAUAUAUAUAUAUAUAUAUAUAUAUAUAUGUAUAUAUAUAUAUAUAUAUAUAUAUAUAUAUAUAUAUAUAUAUAUAUAUAUAUAUAUAUAUAUAUAUAUAUAUAUAUAUAUAGCUUUUUUGAAUUUUAUUUUAUUUAUUUGACCCAAUGAUCUUGUAUUAAUUCAGGUGACAAACAAUACAAUGUACUGGAGCUGGUUACAGCGUGUUUUCAUCCCAGGAGUGUUUUCCGGCAGAUGGUACAACGGUCAAAGGGACGAGCAAACAAUUUAUAUUGGUAAUAAACAAUCUCUUCUCGUCGGAAUGGCUCGAGUAAGGCAACUCAGAGUGAAAGCGAGUAAGUUUUUUUUCCAUUUUUAUUACUUUUUGCAUUUCAGUGAAAAGGCUAUUUACCCACACACGUUAUUUUUUUAUUGUAUGGUUAUACAUAUAUAAUUUAGUCUGACAGAGAAGCGAUCAAACCUAAAUAUUGAGCUAAACAAUAAGUUUUUUGAAAUUCUUGAAGACAAAAAUUUUUAACAUGCACCGGUAACAAUUUCCUCGAGUCCUGACCAUUCUAACAGUUAUCGAGACGAGUGUUUAGGUAGCUGCGUUUUUUUUUAUGAACGGUAAUUAAAUUUAGGUUUUGACGACGGCUCUCCUUUCCUCUGCAAGCAAAUGCUACUUUGAAGGCUUCUAAAACAACUUUAAUUCUCUAUAACAGAGGUGUCCAUAUUUGUUAAAAAAGUACGAAAUGUGACAAACCGCUGAGUGAAAUGAAUACCAAAACAAACUUCCUGAUUAUGAUCCUUUGUUCCAACUUUCAGCGAAAUGUAAAGUCCUAAACUAUAUGUGUUUCAAGGGAUACUCGACAAAGAACGAAGACAAGACCGCCUACAACAAACCAGGCUGGAGGCCUGUCGACAGUACUGUGAGGAAUGACGAGUUAUUACAACUUUGCCCGAAGCCAUGGCGAUAUCAACAUGCCGAGGAAACCGACACUAGACCCAGGUGGGGACAGUCCUCCUUUUAUGAUGGAGGAGGAUUUGUAGCAGACCUCGGGUAUGAUAACCUUACAGGGUUCAGCAUAGUAACAGAUUUACAAAACAACGGUUGGCUUGACAGGCAAACCAGAGUUGUCCUGGCAGAGUUUUCCACAUAUAAUCCGUCGGUGAAUAUUUUAGGGGUUGCCACAUACUUCUAUGAAGUUGAUGCAUCUGGACUGAAAGCAGCCUCCAUGCAAACUCAUGUUCUUUCACUUGAUUCUACGGACACGCCCUCACAUCAGUUUUAUUUGAUUUCCUUGCUUCUGUACAUUGUAUUGGUUUUUUUGUAUUUUGGAAGGGAAAUUUUCAGACUUUACAGUCAUCGUUCUCGAUAUUUCAAGUCUAUCUGGAAUGGGGUCGAGGUAUUCCAGAUUCUUUUUUCUCUGAUUGCUGUGGUGAUGUACAUAAUACGACAAAGUAAAGCCAUUUCAACCAUGGGCAAACUGCAUAAAAACAUUUAUGCAAAUCUAAGUUUCCAAGAAGGUAUCACUUGCCAAGAAGUAGAAAAUGUGGUACUGGGUAUUCUCACUUUCAUCGUCACCACCAAGCUAUUGCGAGUCAUUCGCUUCAACAACUAUGUUGCUCUAUUCUCCACAACAUUGAAGAUAUCUGCACGAUCUUUGUCAUCCUUUAGCAUCGUUUUAUUCAUUUUCUUUGUGGCAUUUUUGCACUUCGGUGUCUUGAUGUUUGGCUGUGUAUCUGAGCGCUACUCUUCGGUGCUAAAAGGAACCUAUUUUCAACUCGAGCUAACUCUUGAUCGAGUGAAAGCUAGACCAAUCAAUGAAUUAGCACAGGCUAAUACCAUAUACGCCAAAAUAUUCGCCUUCUUAAUUCUCUUCACGCUCACUAUUCUCUGUAUGAACAUCUUUAUCGGCAUAAUCAACGAUGCUCUUUUGGAUGCUAAGAACCAUGUGAGCGAAAGUGAGCUGUAUGAUCUUAUCGAUGAGAACCGUUGCUCGAGCUCAAAAGAAAGAAAAGAAUUUUUCAAUGCAAUCAGUAACAAAUUGAAACAAUCGUUAACCUCCAAAACGUCGGUAGAAGUGAAGGACAAAGAAUCAGGAAACAUUGGCCUUGACCCCACGAACAGUUCCAAUCUUAACUUUGAUUUAAUAAGUCAAGCUAUCAUAGCUUGGAGGAAGAAAAGAUCCAGAGAAACAAUAGAUAAACAGCAAUGCAGUACAAAGAGACAAGCAUUGUUCGACAGGAUAAGCAACAUGUUAAAACCUCUGAAAGGUGAAAGCAAUGACGACUGCAGCAAACGUAGAGGAAAAAAGAAAGUAAGAUUUCAAGAGGAUGUCGUCGAGUCUUCCCUCCGUAAAUUACGUAAGAGAGAACAUGACCUGUUACAGCGGCUGGAGAGUAUUGUUAGAGGGCACAUAGCAGAAGACGAAGAAUUUGAUUAUUUAUUAUUAUCAAGAGAGGCUCAUAUCUACUAG